AUGUCGAUCCACAAGUGUCCAAAGCAACAGUGCACGUGCGCGGAAGUGAGUGAGCUGACGAAGCUCUAUCGCGACAUAAAAUGCCGCCGGAAGCGCGCGAAAGAUGGCAAUGGAGUCAACAUGAAUGAGACGCGUGUGUGCAUCUCGGCGAUGGAAUUGCAGACAACGAUGAGCCAAGCGGAGCAAGCACUCGAAAUCGUGAGGACGCAGCGAGCCGGGGUCGGCAACCUCAUGACUGCCUUGAGGGAAUUCAGUCAUAAAUUGUCCAAGCAGGAGGAGAUGCUCUGCCAGGCUAACAAAGAGAUCGACGAGCUGCGAGGCGAGAUGCGUCAAAUCAAGGAACAAUACGACGAGAAACGAGCCUCCAACGCAACCGAUACAAUCAGCACCGAGGAGGUAGUCUGGAGACAGGAGCUCGAUAUGGAGGUUCGCGAACAAUGCCGGCUUAAGCAGAGCAAGAUUAAGCAAUUGACCGAGUGCCUGGAGAGGCGCAAACGGUGCGACUGUAACAUUGACAAGGCGAGGCAAGAGAAGCGAAAAGCUGACGCGGCAUUGCUUUUGAACGCGAUUGACUACGUUGAGGCGUGUGUGUAAGAUCGGCGCCUCCAUCGUCGAGCUUCAUAUGCAAUGUACAAAGCAGGAAAUAAAAGCGUUUGUAAAAAUUGACGAUGGAUCGCUGAAAUUUCUGCGCGCGCGUAAAUUAAAAGCUAACGUCUGUACAUUUUCACUGUGUCCGUAAAAUCCCCACCUCCGUCGCGCGAACGGCAGCGACAUGGCUGACCGCCAGU